CUUACAUGGGAUAGUGUCCCAAUUAAUCACGAGUUGGCAGUUAUCCCAAGCCCAAGUGAUGCAAACCCAAGGAAAGAGGCCAACCGUGAUUUCUGUAAAAAUCGGGUAUAGUCAAUAUAGGCAAGCCGUUUCUCGGCCUUUCAGAUCUCAUAAUUAAAAAGGUUGAAAAAGGGUAAUCCGACCAUAUUGCUCAUCGAACUCUGAGCAGAAUAGUCAGGGCCAAACAGGGGAAGUUUCUAGGUUUUGUUUACCAAACCCCAUUGCUUUGCAGAUGAUGCUUUAUUAAUACUCAAUAUCUUUGUCAGUAUAUUUGCUCUCGUUUACUUCUCUGUAGUCUCGAAUUGCAAUGGGGAAUUGGAACCGCAGAUAUUUGCCGCGAAGGAAGUUCAGACAAGACGAAUUUGAGGAUCCUUCUUUAUCUCCCCCAAGGCCCCUUGGAAACAAUUACUCGCAUUCUUCUGGAUCCAAGGACAACAGGGUACCAUCAUGGGAAAUCGAAUAUUGCAAGUCGGCGAAAGUCCCUUGGAACAAAAUAUUGGCAUCCAAAAGAUAUAUUGUCUGCUACCCAAACGUGCAGUAUUGGGAUGCGUCCUCUGGUGAAGAAGCAUUACAGAAUGCAAAACGACGUUAUUGGGCCAUGAUCAAUGGCAUUCCCUGUGACACCCCUUUACCCGACCCAGAUACAUACAUUGACAAAAUUGACUGGGACCCACAUCUUGAUCCUGAACUAAUGGCAGAUCUUGACCGUCAAUAUUGUGAUCCUGAUAAAUUGGAGACAAUUAAUGAAGAGGUCGAACCACAACAUGAUAGAACUCAGUCCACUGUUGACAACCCAUGGGAAAGGGACCAAGUGCAAGGCACCGGAAGUUCAAAAGAUGCUGUGCAGGGAUGGUCCAGAUGGGAUGAUUCUGUAAAUUCAAGAAAUAAAAACCCUUGGGAGCAAAAUUGCAGCCAGCCUGUCGAUUCUUUGAAGGAAAGUGUUUGGAAAAGCGGGGACGAGUCUUGGGGUCGGCAAAAGAGUGCUGAGAAGUCAUCCACCUUUGGUAACUAUGGUCAGAGUGGAAAUGACUCGUUGGGUUGGGGUCGUUGGAAUUCUAAUGGUUUUUCUGGGUAUAAUAAUAAUAAAGAUGAGUUUUAUACAGGCUCAACUGGGAGAGAGUGGAGGGACAAUGUUAAAGAGUCGGGUUAUUUUGGUAAUUCUCAAAGUUACAGAGCAGGUGGGUGCAAGAAGAGGGAAGGUUUUCAGCAACACGGGUCGAAAUAUAAGAGCUCUAGGUACCAUGGUGACACCUGGAGAUGACUGCCAAUUUUAGGACGAUAUUUCUUUUUUACAGAGUUGGUUAUUUUAUACCGCAAGUAGUAGAAAUUCGCUAUUUUGACACGUCUCAAACUGUUUAUUCCGUCUUUAUAUGUUCUGGCUAUUAGUUUUGGUAUGAUGUACUAAGUGAUUUGUGUGAGGUGGUUCUGGAAGACGAAAGCAUGAUGGUUUUGAGGAGUUCAUCACCUUUUUUACUCAACUUGUAUGAGGAUUAGCAUUGUGCGAGUGUUUUGUUCAACUGCAGAAAAGGAGCCUUCGAAUAUUAAAGAAGGAUCGGUUAUUAGUAUCUUACUACACAGUGCAUUUGUUGAAGUCUUCCUUGGUGUGGCGACUUCUUUCGAAGAAUAAUGUAGCUGGACACUUGGUGGGCUUUCUCACUUCAAUAAUAGUUAUUGCGGAUAAAUAUUCGAAUAUCUGGACCUUGGUAAUGUUUAUUGACAAUCAUGAUAAUAUAUAUUUUGAGGACUUGCAGCUUAUGCUUCUAAUUAGUUGUUGCAGUCAGCUGCUUAGAAGCAGGUGCAAGCUUGAUAACUGAAAAUAAGUGGCAAGUAUUAUGUAUCCUUUAUUAUGCUCUGGAUUUCCGUAUUGUAAGUACUUCGCAAUUACUGUUCUUGGAUUGCAAAUGUAGCUUGUUUUUGUCGAAUUGAAUUGGGAAUAUUGGAGAUGGUGGCUAGUUAAUGACCAAAUAAUGAGAUGAAUGAUUGAUUUGUAUUUUUAGCGUUACAACAA